AAGCAGCCAUACGGCUUUGCUUGGAGGUUGAGUCAGUCUGCCAGAAAAGUGGUGCAGUGGCAGUGGUAAGGUUAUGCUGGAUGAAUCGCCAUGGCGAUCCGCACUUCGGAUGUGUUUUGGCUCCUCUUGCUCCUGGGUGUGGCGCUGCGGGGCACCCAUAGCUGCCCAAGCCGCUGUUUGUGUUCUGGUACCAUGGUGAGGUGUUUGCAUUUGAUGGUGGAGAAUGUCCCGACCGUGCCCCCACUUACUACCAUCCUGGAUUUGAGAUUCAAUAAGAUUAAAGAAAUCCCACCAGGAGCAUUCAGGUGGCUCAAAAAUCUCAACACACUUUUGCUAAACAACAAUCAAAUAAGAAGAAUUCCUAAAGGAGCAUUUGAAGAUUUGGAACAUUUAAAAUAUCUCUAUUUAUACAAGAAUGAAAUCCAAUCAAUUGACAGGCAAGCAUUUAAGGGACUUGUUUCUGUAGAGCAACUGUAUCUUCAUUUCAACCAGAUAGAGACACUAGAAGCAGAAACUUUCAACAACCUUCCAAAACUUGAAAGACUGUUUCUUCACAACAAUAAAAUAGCCCACUUGGUGCCUGGGACAUUUUCUAAUUUGCAGUCACUGAAACGGCUGCGUCUGGAUUCAAAUGAGCUACAGUGUGACUGUGACCUGCUGUGGCUUGCAGAUUUUUUGAGGAACUAUGCCAAAGCUGGAAAUGCACAGGCAGCGGCUACCUGUGAAUAUCCUCGGAGGCUUCAGGGAAGGUCUGUUGCAACAAUAACUGCAGAAGAGCUUAACUGUGAGAGGCCAAGAAUUACUUAUGAGCCACACGAUGUGGAUGUUGUAUCAGGAAACACUGUCUACUUCCCUUGUAGAGCUGAAGGCAGUCCCAAGCCAGAAAUUAUCUGGCUGAGGAAUAAUAAUGAAAUCAGUAUGAAGGAUGACUCUCGUCUGAACCUGUUAGAGGACGGCACCUUAAUGAUCCAGAACACAAGGGAAACUGACCAGGGUGUUUACCAGUGCAUGGCCAAAAAUGCUGCAGGAGAGGUGAAAACACCUGAAGUUAUCCUUAGGUAUUUUGGCUCCCCAGCAAGGCCGACUUUUGUCAUUCAGCCUCAAAAUACUGAAGUCCUAGUUGGAGAAAGUGUCACUUUGGAAUGCAGUGCUGCUGGCCAGCCUCAGCCAAGAAUCACGUGGACAAAGGGUGACCGAUCACCAAUACCUGCUGAUCCUCGCAUCACAAUAACUUCUUCAGGAGGACUCUAUAUACAGAAUGUCAAUCAAGACGAUGGAGGCCAGUACACGUGCUUUGCUGAGAAUAACCUUGACACUAUUCAUGCAACUGCUUACAUUAUAGUGCAAGAUGCACCUCAUUUUACUGUUAUCCCUCAAGACAAGACAGUGAUAGAAGGACAUACAGUAGAUUUUCACUGUGAAGCUCAGGGAUCCCCUCAGCCUAUUAUAGCCUGGACUAAAGGAGGUAGCCAGUUACCUACAGGCCGAAGACAUAUUGUCCUGUCCUCUGGGACUUUGAGGAUAUCUUCAGUAGCUCCACAUGACCAAGGCCAAUAUGAUUGUCAAGCUAUUAAUAUUGUUGGCUCACGAACAGUUUCUACACAACUAACCAUUCAGCACAGAGUAACUCCUGUUUUCAGUAACACGCCGAGUGACAUGACUGUGGAGGUUGGCAGGAGUGUGCAGAUUCCAUGUAGUUCUCACGGAGAACCACAACCAGUUAUAACAUGGAGUAAGGAUGGUGUUCAGAUAACAGAGAGUGGAAAGUUCCACGUAAGUCCUGAGGGUUUUCUUACUAUUCGUGAUAUCGGGCCAGCAGAUGAAGGACGUUAUGAGUGUGUAGCCCGAAAUACCAUUGGGUUCUCCUCAGCUAGCAUGGUAUUAACUGUAGUUGUCCCCGAGGUCAGUCGAACUGGUGACCCAUUUGUAGAAAGAUCAAUUAUUGAAGCAAUUGAAACUGUUGACAAGGCUAUCAACUCCACUCGCAAGCACUUAUUUGACAGCCGUCCUCGCACACCAAAUGAUCUGCUUGCCUUGUUUCGAUACCCAAGAGACCCCUUUACAGUGGGACAGGCAAGAGCAGGAGAAAUUUUUGAAAGGACUCUGCAGUUAAUUCAGGAACAUGUAAAUGAAGGACUAAUGGUUGACCUUAAUGGAACAAGUUAUCACUACAACGAUUUGCUGUCUCCACGAUAUUUGAACCUCAUAGCAAAUUUGUCUGGCUGCACAGCACACAGAAGAGUGAACAAUUGUUCUGACAUGUGCUUCCAUCAAAAGUACAGAACGUUUGAUGGUACAUGCAAUAACUUGCAACAUCCCAUGUGGGGAGCAUCACUGACUGCCUUUGAGAGACUUUUAAAAUCAGUCUAUGAAAAUGGGUUUAACCUGCCUAGAGGGGUGAACUCUGACCGGCUUUACAAUGGAUAUUCACUACCUCUCCCUCGCUUUGUUUCAACGUCUUUGAUAGGAACAGAAACCAUCACUCCUGAUGAUCAGUUUACACAUAUGUUAAUGCAGUGGGGUCAGUUUCUAGACCAUGACUUGGACUCCACAGUUGUUGCAUUAAGCCAAGCAAGAUUUUCUGAUGGACAGCACUGCAGCUUGGUUUGCACAAAUGAUCCUCCAUGCUUUCCAAUCAUGAUCCCCCCAAAUGACCACCGUGUCAGAAAUGGUGCACGCUGUAUGUUUUUUGUGAGAUCUAGUCCAGUUUGUGGUAGCGGCAUGACAUCACUCCUGAUGAACUCUGUGUACCCGCGAGAACAGAUCAACCAGUUGACAUCAUACAUUGAUGCAUCUAAUGUAUAUGGCAGCUCAGACCAUGAUGCAGUGGAAGUCAGGGACUUGGCCAGUCAGCGGGGUCUUCUAAAACAAGGAAUUGUUCAAAGAUCGGGAAAACCUCUGCUUCCUUUUGCAAGUGGGCCUCCAACGGAAUGCAUGAGAGAUGAGAAUGAAAGCCCUAUUCCUUGUUUCUUAGCUGGGGAUCAUCGUGCGAAUGAGCAGCUUGGUUUGACUGCCAUGCAUACAGUAUGGUUUAGAGAACAUAACAGAAUUGCAACAGAGUUACUGAAACUCAAUCCACACUGGGAUGGUAACACAAUUUAUCAUGAAGCCCGCAAAAUUGUGGGUGCACAGAUGCAGCAUAUAACAUACAGCCACUGGCUUCCCAAGAUUUUCGGGGAAGUUGGUAUGAAAAUGCUUGGAUCUUAUAAAGGCUAUGAUCCUGGUGUCAGUGCAGGAAUAUUCAAUGCAUUUGCAACCGCUGCUUUCAGAUUUGGGCAUACAUUAAUUAAUCCCAUUUUAUACAGAUUGGAUGAGAACUUUGAACCCAUUUCUCAUGGUAAUCUUGCUCUCCAUAAGGCUUUCUUUUCUCCAUUCCGCAUUGUUAAUGAAGGAGGUAUUGACCCAAUUCUUAGGGGCCUGUUUGGUGUCGCAGGAAAGAUGCGAGUUUCAUCACAGUUGCUUAACACAGAACUGACAGAAAGAUUGUUCUCCAUGGCACAUGCAGUGGCACUAGAUCUGGCUGCCAUGAGCAUCCAGAGAGGCAGAGACCACGGAAUCCCACCUUACUAUGAAUAUAGGAUCUUCUGCAAUCUGUCUGCAGUUCACACCUUUGAAGAUCUGAGAAAUGAAAUUAAAAAUCCGGAAAUCAGAGAUAAGCUUAAGAGACUAUAUGGAUCUCCACUAAACAUUGACUUGUUCCCCGCUCUGAUGGUGGAAGAUGUAAUUCCUGGAAGCAGAUUAGGACCCACUUUGAUGUGCCUUUUGACUACACAGUUUAAACGCGUGAGAGAUGGAGACAGGUUUUGGUACGAGAAUCCUGGUGUUUUUACUCCAGCACAACUGACGCAGAUCAAGCAGACGUCACUUGCAAGAGUUCUUUGUGACAAUGGAGACAAUAUAACACGAGUGCAGCAUGAUGUCUUCAGAGUGGCAGAGUUUCCACAUGGGUAUACCAGCUGUCAUGAGAUUCCAAGCAUGGACCUAAGGAUCUGGCAAGACUGCUGUGAAGAUUGCAGAACCAGAGGACAGUUCAAUGCACUUUCAGGUCAUUUCCGUGGUAAGCGUUCACUUGAAUAUAGCUUCAAAGAGGAGCAGCCAUCUGAGAACAUCAUUAAAAAUAAAUUGUCAGGUGUUUCAGAAUAUGAGACAUCUAAGAACAGCACUUCCAUCAUUGCACCUCUUCAACAAAACACUGAAAUGGGCAUUAGCAGUUUUCAGGACUUUGUUCUAGAAAUGCAGAAGACUAUUACAGAUCUUCGAAAGCAGAUAAAGAAACUGGAAACACGUCUCAGCAAGUCUGUAUGCACUGAUGAAAAGGGUAAAACGUAUUCAAAUAAUGAACAGUGGAAGAGAGACUCCUGUACUACCUGUGAAUGCAAAGAUGGCCAGGUUACCUGUUUUAUAGAGACAUGCUCACCAUCUGACUGUUUAAAACCAGUGAAAGUUGAAGGAGUCUGUUGUCCUGUCUGUGAGAAGAAGAAGAAAGAUGAAGAAGCAGUAAGGCACUAGAUGGCCUGCACACUGAGUGAACUCCAGCUUGUCAACACACAUUUCCCGACAUUUUAAGAACUGCCCUCUGAUGACCAGUCACUAUAGUACACGGUACUCCAGGUUUCAAGCAUUAGCAGGGUAUAGCUUUUGCCAGGCACCAUAAAUUUCAAAGCAAAACGCCAUAUUAACAUGAGCAACAAGCUGGAUGGCUGGUAUUUUAAGGUUUAUUCAGUAAGGAGGCCAUGCCAGCUAUAAUAAUGUUGAAAGGGAAAUAAACAUGAAAAUAACAAUAAUAUCUGCCAUGGUUUACUGGCAUUAAGCUUCUCAGGUUGGCUGUACUGAAACUGGUGCUACCUGUAUCUUUUUUAUAUAUCUAUCAGUAUAGCAGAAAUAACUGUGGAAGUGUGUGAUGUUAUCACUGAUAAUGAAGCAAGGAUCAUGUUUUGUUUUAAUUGAGACACAUGUAACCUCUCAUUUUCAUUCAGAUGUCAUUUUUAAAACAGUCUGAAAACAUGUUAUGAAACUUUUUUUUUUUUAAUGCCUAAUACAUGAUUUUUAACUCUUAUGUUAUUAGAGGUGCUCAUAACUACAGGCCUUCUUGGAGGUGCUGUGCCCCCGUUAUGGAGAUAAUGUGAAAUGCUGUUUGUUUCUGACUUCUGUAUGAGGUGCCUGCUGAUUGCAUUUGAUAUCUGCUGGUGUUGAAAGGGUAUCAGAAGACUUGCUGUUUCACUAGCCUGUAGCACUGGUUAUUUAUCCCUUCAUAGUUUUGUCUGCCAUUUUCGGAAAACAAAAGACCAUGGCAUGACUACUCUUUUGACAGCACUGUCCACAGUACUGCCAUAAAGGUAUUUUGCAUUUCUUUUUCACUUCUUGUUUAACAGAAAAUAAUUCUGUGACUGUUUUAAUAGUAACCAUAUCAUUGUACUAUGAACCUAUUUUUCAGACACUUGUACCAUAUUGUGUAUCCAAAUGUAAAUAUUUUCAACAGAAAACAUUAUAUUUUUCUUACUGUGUAGCAUUCAUACAGGUCUAGACUGAUAACCUGUUUUAAAAAAACAUCAUACCUCAUGCCUAACUUUGUCAUUUGUGCUGCUUUUCUUUGGACAGCACACUACGUAGAAGGCAAAAAAAAGUGUUGCAAAUUAUAACGUAUAUUACAGAUGCACUGUUUUGUUAUUCGUACCCGAGUACAACAAAGCCAUUAUUACAUGAAGCAGGUCACAUGUUAUCAGUUACCCAUAGCGACACUGGCAUUUAAUCUUUAUAGAAUUAUGUUAAAGGUAUUCUUGGAACAGUGAUAAAAAUAUAAUGUUCUUAACUUUGUAUUUCAGGAAAAUUACAUUUUAUAUUAGGGGGCACCAGUAUAUAGCUGUUUUUUAUGUAGAGAGUAGUAUUUAUUUGGUUUGUAAUAUUGAUAAUGUCCAAUAUAUUGGUUGUAGAAGAAUGAAGCGCACUUUGUCAAAAGAAGUAGGCAAUGCAUGCAUAAAGACAUUUUCUAUUCUUCCCUUGAAAAUCAAGCUUUCAUCUACUAUUUGCCUGUUUGUUCUUUUUCUAAGACUCCUGACAUCUUAGGAAGGCAUCAUUUAGUAGAAAUUAGGAGAGUAUGCAUUCUAUCUCCUCCACUAUUAGUCAGAGUGUAACAUUCAUUAGGAGAUAUUUUGUGUGCAUCCUAUCGCCUGCAUUAUUAUCUUGACUGCACCACUCAAUGCCCACUGUGCGGAGCUGUUGUGGAAGCUUGUCGGCACACCCACAUAAUGCUCAGCUGAAUUGCUGUGGACUUCCUGUUGGACUUGCACUCUCCAGAAUACCUUUAGCAUAGGCUGCACUUGUGGGCUUUCCUGCAGAUGGUGCUUUUGCUGUGGGACUCAGACAGCUCCCUGCUACUACUCCAAAAUGAGUAAACUGGCAGCUGCCGCUCUCUUCUGUCUCUCCCUGGCUGGCACCUCCAGAAACCCGGUCAGUAAUCAUACUUAGGCUAACUGGAGUAGAGUCAUCACUAGACUUCUACACCACAUAUCCCAUUGUCUGGGGGGGGAAAGACUUUACACUUAGUCCAUUUUUUUUAUUCAGAUCUUAAUCCAUGUCCAUAUAAAAUAAUGAUAAAUAAUUUUGCUGAAAGUAACAAGUACAGUAGGGAGUGCAAAUAAGGGUGAGUGUUUUCAAUGCUUCCUUAUCUUCCUAAUUGUCUUGGUGUCUAGAAGCCUGGACUCAUUAUUUUUCCAAUCUGCUUGCUCUCUUUGUCUCUCUCGCAUGUGCGCACACGUGCGCAUACACACACACACAGUCUCCUGUCUGUCUCUCUCCAUCUAUUUGUCUCAUACAUGCAUAGAUUAACAUUAGCAAUUAUAAAAAAAUAUAUAUUCUUUGUAUGACCUAACUAUUUCAUUUCAUUGUUAAUGCACAUUGACAUGAUGAGUGCCUCCAUAAAAGUACUGUCAAACUCCAAUGCAUCCUUAGGUUAUUUAAAAGUAGUAUUCAGGAGCACGCCAGAGAAUUUAGUAUGACACUAAAUACCUCCAUUAUCAUGUAGGAAAGGAGAGGAGAACCAGCAAAUGACACUUGAUCCCCAUCCUAACAGUCUGCUUAUCUCUCAGGUUAGCCCUUGGCUGCCAACAUCAGCAUCAUAGAGGGGAAUGCUUCCGCUGCACCAUCAUGCCUGUUUUUUUAAUUUGUUAAACCAUUUUUCCUCUUUAUUUUAUUAUAACUAAUCAUUGAUUUUGAAGUGCUAAAAUCAGCAUUGAUGUUAUACUGGGUCAUGACCAUGUAUCAGCUCAGUCAUACGAUCAUAGAUAGUAACACUUUUUCACACUUAUUAAUAGUCCAUUUUCAGUCAUCACAUACCUGAUGAUGCUAAGAAAAAUGGCAUUCAAAUGCAAUUAAAGUAUGAAUAGAAACAAGGAGAAAGCUAUAGUGAAACACUGAAAAAUUUUCCAUCUUAAAAAAGUAAAAAGGUGCAGAUAAAAUAAGGUGAGUGGGUAUCUUUCAAGCUUGGAAUUAAAGUACAGCACAUUGAUACGUAUGAAAUGUUGUAAUUCUUACUGUUAGUUUAUACUGUUGCUUUAAAAUGGAGUCUUGUAAACAGUGUUUGGUGCUACAGUGUUGGGCUGGGGAGUAAAAGUGUUAGUUAGGCAGAAACAAUCCACCUAAUUAGGCUGAAAUUCUCUGCAAAUGACAUGUUUUUUUUCUAAAAUUCAAAUAAUUAGUGUAAUGUUUUGAAAGGUUCCACAGUUAAGAACUUUAAAUUUCAGAAAACAUUUGAAUGGCCCUCUGUGGUGGAUGAUGGCUGGAAUCUCGCUUAUCAUUUCCUUUUUUUGGCAAAGUUGUUCAAAGACCUGAAGCUGUUUUAUGUAAGAUAUGUACAGUACCCAUAUGCACUUAGUAGCAUCAGCAUGUUACAUUCAGGGGGGUGUACCUGGUCUCACACUCCCAUUCUUUGUAACUGUUAGUAGUACAGUUCUCAGUUCAAGUCUGACUCAUAAUAGAGUUCCUAUUUAAAGUGUUAAAAAAUAAAAAAAAAAUUUGGAGCCUUUCAGGUGUGCCUACAGUCAAAAUUUCCCAACCAGAACCUAAACAGGAACUGCCUUUUGUGUAUAAGGAAGCAGCAACAUGUACAGCGUUAUCCAGAGUGCCAAAUCUUCAACCUGACCAUUCAGUGCAGGCAAACAGAAAAGGUGAAAGCCUUUCCUAACAGCCUAUGGGGAGGCUGCUUUCGAGAAGACCCGUCACUGGAAUCAGCAGGAGGGUCUCAUGUGUGGCCCCGGCAGGAGACAGGAUAGAGAGAAGACAAGGAUUUCAAGAAGUCAUUUCAGUUGUCAGAGACUUCUUCAGUUUAUAGACCCAUCAUUUUGAAAGCCAACACCCUUUUGAGUUGACACUCAUCAUUGGCUGGUGAUCAUGAACACAGUAAGAGAGGUACUUAUUUUCAACCUGUUUUGGGACUGAGGCCUUGGGUUCAAGAGAUAGUCAGUUGUCUUGUGAGAAACAGGCCAUUGAGACUCCUGGAUUGUUCUUUAAAGCAGAUCUCAGGUCUGGAGGAACUACUCCUUUCACUUCCCCAGGGAAGAUUUGCCACUGAAAGUUAAGCAGGCUUACAUAGGACUUACCACAUCGAUCAGAUUUUCUGAGUUGCUUUCUUAUUGAAUGAAUGAUCAGUGUUUUAUGCUUAGUGAGAUUUGACCAAGAGCACAUAACCUUACAUAUGUGUGUUGCACAAUAAUUCUGCUCUCACUGAGCAAUUUUCUUUAUGUAGGAUCUGCUUUCUGCCCAGGCAUAAACGUGUGUUUCUCAGCUUGUGCCUGAGGUAGGUUUGAGAGGGCUGCAAGCCUACUUGCCAGUGGAAGAGGGAGAACGGACACUAAGAGAAUGUCUUUCUCUAGCUGUGAAUCAUUUUGGUCAGGGGAAGUGGACUGGAUCAAGGUACCUCAUGGUCUCUUAGAUUUUGAUAAGAAUAUUGAGUCUUCUCCUAGUCUUAGUACUGUUCUUGAUGACACUUUAUUUAGGGAAACUUUCAGGCUCAUGAAAUCCUCAUUGGACUGAUUGUGAAGCCUCUUCUUAUGCAGUAGAAAAGGUUAAACCAGUAUUUUGGAAAGAAAAAUGAGAAACCUCGGGUCAUCCAUCCCUCAGAGCCUAUCUUGAAGGAUGUAGCAUUUGUGACCUGAAAGCUCUCAGACACUGGUUUCUCAGUCCCAAAAAAGAUAGGUGCUCUGCUCAAGCCUAGAAGUGAGUGACAUGCUUACUUUUCAGACAGCUCGUGGCAGUUUACUCUGUUACCUCUUUGGCAUAACACAGGCAACAAAGACCACAGUAUCUUACCAUUCUUCAACCAGACAAAAAUUUUAAAGCAGUGGACUGGUUUGGUAAGAAGAUGGUCUGAUGUGCUGUUAUAUGCUUUAGGGUAAUGCAUUAUCUGCCCACCUUUCCAAGUUCUAGUACUUCCUCAUACUUUACACAUUGUAAAAGGUGAUAAACCUCCAUGUUUCUGCGUUUAAGUAAUUUCUGAAAAAGACUGUCUGUAUGCUGUCUUCAUUGUGUGCCCACAUUGCCUGUUAUUCUUUUAAUUUUGCUGGCUUGGAGCCAAAGGCAGUGUCCUUUGGUGUGUUUGUGUGCUUUUUAAGACGAUGCUCAUCAAUUCAUAUAGGAUACCACAUUCUUAAGGAGGGGUAAGCUUCUCAAGAGACUAUUGAGGAAAGCUCAUCUGUCAGUCAAACAAGAUACGGUGCCCACCCGGCUUUUUUUUUUUGUAUGCUAGUGCACAUAGAGAGGAAGGGACUUUUAAACAAUCAUAGUAUCUGGCAGUGUUUCCUUGCCUAGGUCUCCAAUGUUCCUCUUCUAGUGCUACUUUUAAAGGGGGUGCUGCUGUAGUCCUCACUACAAGCCAUAGCCAUCCUUAUCAGGUUUGUCUUGUAAGUGUGUUACAAAUUAAAGAACUGUUUCAAAGAAAAAUGAGUUUUGAAUGUAUUCACAUUCAAUGUUUUGAAUGUAUUCACAGAAGCCCGUAACAAGUCAGAGCUCAUAGGACCCCCUAGCCAUCAAGAGCAACACUCCAGUUUCAGGCACUUUCCAAGGAAUUCCUAGAACAGAUCUAUAAAGAGCAGGUGGAUCCUUUUCAUCACAGGACAUGCUGGAGGGAUGGAUUCCUGUCCCAGAGACUUCCCAUGCUCUGGAACAAGCUGCCUAUUUAUGUCAGGCGGAGCUCCUCAUUGGCACUCUUCAAGAAAGAUCUUGGUGAUUGGAUGGGAGGUUCAGCCCGGGGAUUGCGUCUGUGGCUCUGCUUGACAGGGGCACGGGAAGGUAAUUUUCUUGGGUGGAAAAAGACAGGGUGCAGUUUGGCUAGGCUUAUAUAGGCCCUGGGGCCAAUAGCCUAGUACCUACCUAUGAACCUAUGCUUUCAGAAUGAGAAGGGGUGGUUUAUUGCCAUCUAUUCCUCAUUACAAAGACAAUACGAAUACAGCCCCAUUAUAAAUAAUAGUGACUUCCAACAAACACGUUCAUCAAGUUCUUAAUAAUGAUUGUCGAGACAAUCCUGUCUAGGUACUCCACAUGUUGUUGCUGGACAAAACGGAUUUCUUAUAGUGCAUUAGGAUUUGAGGAAUCCAGUGAAGUUUCUUCCACUUAUUCUUAGACCAGCACCACUUCCUGUACAGGUUGCUCUUUGGCUUGUCUUCUGUCCCCAAAUUGUUCACCACCGUUUUGUCAUUGUUGACAGAAACUGUGCAGGAAAGGAUUCUGUUAGUGUUUCUUACUUAAACAACUGGCCAUGUCAGAGAGCUUCAUUGCAGAAGAUCCUUGCAGGGCCUUCCUCCCCAUAAUUUGGAAGAUGUCUGUUCUGAUUUUGGUACAGGCAAACUGUGGCUAUGGUGCAGUGGAUUUGGCAGCUAUUAGGGGGUAGGACUGACACUGUACUGUAGAAGAGGUGCCGAUGCAUCCAUGCAUGUCAGCGGUGCUAUCACUCUUACUUUGUGUGCAUCUUUGUGCAAACGGUAAAUGUAAUCAUUUAAACAGGCACAGCCACAGUCUGAGUUGUAGCUUCUAAAAUGAUUUUAAAGACUGCUUGCCUUGUCUUAUGCUGUGUUCCUCUCUGUCCUUUAUUAAAGCUACAUGUACUUCCCAUGAAAAGAAGACUUGGGUACUCUGUGAGUAUGUGUUUCUCAUUUAUCCAUGUACUAAUCCUAUUUUGAAGUCAACAUCACCAUUUUUUCUUCCAUCUACUUACCACUGUACUGUAGCUGCCAGCCAGGGGCCUCCUGCUUCUGACUCCAGCCUUAACUCAGUAUUCCCAUCCUUUCCAUAAUAUUCUGUAGUCUUUUCCACUCUCUUUUACUCCGUCUCCAUUACACUUUGCCAAACUCAUCUGCCUUGCUUCUUUUUCUGUCCAUUCUGUUCACUUUAAGUCUAAGUACAACCAUUUCCUAACCCCUGUCCAUCACCUGACAGCAUUCCCUGUAUGCCUGCAGUGUAUGUGCCUUACUGAAGUAGUCUGACUUAUAAAUGACUGUUUUUAUUUACCUAGACUUCUGUCUUUGAAAGCAGUGCCUUCCAUGUAUCAGUUUAUCAGCUUUUCCCUUCUGCAUCUGCUAUUUCUUUGAUUAUGUGGCUUUAAUGGUUAUGACAGCCCCACCGUCACAUUAGUCAGAGUCUUGUUGAAAUACAUUUCUCUAAUCCAACUUUGAGAAUAUCUGCUGUAUUCAGAAAGACUUUGAUGCAGGUGAUUUGGGAUAUAUAGUGUGUGAUCUUUCACUGUAAAGUUACAUACUAUUCUCUUUUUAUUUUUGUUUUAUUGCCUUUGGUAUUGGUAUCAGCUCAUGAAAGCUAAUGGACUGCCCAGCUUCCUUCCAGAUUUGCCUAUGCCUCCUUAUAUAGCAACAGGUAUUAAAUUUCUCAGUACAGGCACAGUCACAUUGGUUAUUUCACCAUGUUCUAAGUUAAUUUAACACAGCUUUGUAUGUCUUGUCCAGAGUGAGAUGUCACGUGGUGUCUAACCUGUCUGUACUCUUUUUACACCCCCCACACACACACAAAAACUAACUUCAUGUAUGAUGGAUUUUUCCAAAGCACUUGUUUCUUCAUCCACUAAUUUGCCCCAUUCUACCUACUUUUUGUCUUUGCCUACUUAAUGCAACUGUUUCAAGCUUCUACAUAAUAUGUAAAGUUUCAACCUUUCUCAUUGUUGAGAAAUUUAUAUUUCCUAAGUUUUAGCAUGGAAAUCAAUUUAUAAUACCACUUUUACCUUUCUCAGUACUAUUUCUUUUCCACCGGUACACCCCCUUUCACAGUUUCUAUUCACAUAUCUCCUGCAGUCUCAUUUCAGAUUUUUUUAUACUUUGUUCUUUUGAUUUCUACUACUAUUGCCAGUUUAUUCAUGCUCCAGUUGCUCCACUGGAUCUUUAUUUCUAGUAGUUCUUUUCCAUAUCCCAGUUUCCUGUGUACAUUAAAAGUAUCCCUAUCUCCAUACAUUUGUCUACUGAAUCUCUGAAUAAUUCUUGUUGGCUUUCCUUUAUCCAAGUUGCCUCUAUCUCCAUUUACUAAUUAUCUUGUUCUUGCCUCCAGCAUUCCCAGUUGCCACCUAAUUUCAUCAUGAUCUAGUAAGUUUAGCCUCCUAUAGUCUUGACUGCUUAUCCCCAAUACUUCAUGUAGUUCCUUAAGUCUUGGUUCUAUCUAUCCAUUCUAUAUACAUUUACUGACUUAGAAAUGCUAAACCUGCCUUGCUGUUUUUUUUUUCCAGCAGUAUUGUUCCAGGCCAUUUUCACCUGAUAAAUAUUUUAAUUGAAAAUAUUAUGUGUGAUCUAGGGGCAGAAAGUUUGUUCUUGCCCCUAUCCAUUAUUCCACCAUUUUCUUCUCUCACCUGUGUUUUUUAGUUCCAAACAUUUGCAUUCUAUAUACCCAUGAGAGUAUUUGGGGGAAAAUUAAAUUUUCUGUAUCUUAAGGAGUACUUUGAGAAAAAAAAAUAAACUCUAGAAACCAUGACAAGAGUCAUUAAGUGUAUUUUAUGUAGGCUUAGAGUUUACGAGCUGGUACUGUACAACUGUAUAAAUAAAGAGCUUAGUGUUUUAUAACUGUUUCACUAAAUUACAUGGAUUAGAAAACAAUUUCCAUUUUCUCCAGUAGGAAAAAUGUAGUACCAAGUAAUUGUAUCAGUGCUAUACUGACAUUGGUCCAACUGGAACAAAAAGUCACUCUGCUUUAAACCACAAAAGAGCUUUAUCUCUAGACUUGGUAUGUAAGCACACACACUGCUUUCUGUCAUUACUAAUUGUGUAAUAACAUAGUACAAUGCAUUUCUUGGAUGAAGUUGAUUUGUCAACAUUUACACAAUGGUGCAAAACUGGUUUAAUUUAUGUACUUAUUAUCACUGAAAAUGAACAGCAGAAUGCCUUUGUUUGGUAUUGUAAAGCAGUAUGUUCACCAAAGAAAUGUUUGCACUGUAUGAUGGAUGUUUUUUCAACAAAAUAAAACGGCCAUUCUUUUUUAAUAAAAAA